GUCCAUCAGAUAAACUUCUUGAUCGCACAGUUCUCUGGACUCGCUUUCGCCAUCGUUUUCCGCAAAUGUCUGUCCCAUCAGAGGGUGUCCGUCGCUGUCCGCCAGUACACGUGUCUAAUAGCCGGUGCUCUCAUCGGGUACUUCUGUUUCGGACAACAAAUCUAUAACUUAUUAAUAUUGACGACACUGUCAUACAUCGCAAUACUUACCUGCAGUCCAAAUGUGGUGCAAAGGGUCGUCCUAUUCGUAGCGCUCAUGUAUUUAUCAUAUUUGCAUUUAUUACGGCUUUUCCACGACUACGGCGGGUAUACCAUAGACAUCACCGGUCCAAUUAUGAUCGCUGUCCAAAAGGUGACAAACGUUGGGUUCAGUCUUCACGACGGUUUAGCUAAAUCUGAAGACACGUUAACUGCCGAUCAAAAGCGAUAUGCCAUUAGGUGUGAAAAGGCCAACAUUUCUGGACGGAAAGAACUUCGAGAGACACAUCCAAAGCAAACUGUCCUCCCGUCCUAUGCCAUCGCCUCUGGUCUGUACCCAUCACUCCCGCCCUGUCCAUUAGUCUUCUACAACGAUUACAUCGAAUUCAUUAGCGGAAAGAACUUCGAGAGACACAUCCAAAGCAAACUGUCCUCCCGUCCUAUGCCAUCGCCUCUGUUGUUAUGGGCAGUACUCCGCAAACUGUUUGUCAGCGUAUCAUUCGCCGUACUUCUAGUGACAAUUGCACCCAUGUUUCCCAUCACACAUCUCACAGAGGACAAAUUCUUGGACGAGACGUCUUUCAUAUCAAAAUUAGUGUACAUACUAUGCGCCACAUGUAUGGCCCGAUUCAAGUACUAUCACGCCUGGAUCCUCGGCGAAGUCAUUUGCAACGCCAGUGGACUCGGAUUUGCAGCCGUAACGGAUGAUUCCCGGGCGACCACCAGUGCCUGUCAAGCGCCCACCCCUUCCGUCACACCAGGCAAACUGUGGACCGAUUGGAUCGCAAACGCAAUGUCCACCCGAAGUGGUGCUCAGGUCUACACCGGUAGCCUACUAUUCAAACCCCUGUCCACCAGCACAGGUCUUCCUAUCGAUCAG